GGGCGGGGCCGGCGGCGGCGGCACCAUGAGGGUUAACUUGGGCGCGCUCUCCCUCUUCGUGGCCCUGGUGGGACUUUCGAGCUUCGUCCUCCUCGUGGUGGCCAUCGCGACCGACUUCUGGUACAUCAUCGAUGCCUCCAAGCUGGAGGCGUCCCGGAACGGCACGGACGCGCUCAGCUCGCACUCGGGGCUCUGGCGGACCUGCCGCGUGAGGAGUGAAUGUUACCCUUUGAUAAACCCCUUCUGGCAUGAGAAUGCGAACAUCACCGAUUCACACAGACAGCUUUUGUACAUGCAUGGGACAUUUGUUAUCCUGAUGCCCCUCAGCCUGAUACUGAUGGUUUUUGGAGGAAUGACUGGAUUCAUCAGUAUUCUUGCCAGGGCCUACCUACUGCUCCUAAUGACGGGACUGCUUUUCCUUUUUGGAGCUCUUGUUACCCUUACGGGGAUCAGUGUCUAUAUUGCAUAUUCAGCUGCUGCCUUCCAAGAAGCUGUUUGCCUGCUGAGGAGCAAGGAUCUCCUGGUGGAAAUCGAUAUCAGGUUUGGCUGGUCCCUGGCACUGGUCUGGAUCUCCUUUGUGGCAGAAGUGCUCACGGGGGCCGUGUUCCUCCUGGCAGCAAGAGUCGUGGGGCUGAAACGAGAGCGUGAACAGGCUUUAUGAACAACAGGUGCUUUGCAACCACGGAGCCCUGCAGAGCCCGAUAAUUCGGAUUACUUGGUCCAUCUGGCCACUAGGGGUGAUAGGAGUGGCAGGGCUGAGCAUCUUGUCAGCUGUUGUAAGCCUUUUUCCUCACAGGUGGCUAUAAAACACAAAGAUUCUGGUAAAUCAGUAAAGCAUUCUGGAUGUUAUCAACUAGAUGUGUCCUUAGAAGAAAGUGCAUUGCAAUGUUUGCAUUUCCAGAAUAAUUUUAGCUGGCAGCUCAUCAGAUAUCUCCAUUCACUGCUUAGAACAAGGCAGAUCUCUUGCUUUCUUAUCUCUUUUUUGCUGUCUCAGCAAAGUGCCUCAGAGUACCUUGCAGGCCAGAUUUUGGUUUCUCCUGAGAGUUCUAGGAAGGACGUGGACCUGCUGGAGUGAGUCCAGAGGAGGACAUGAAGAUUCUCAGAGGACUCAGCACCUCUGCUCUGGAGAUGGACUGAGAGAGCUGGGGGGGUUCAGCUUGAGGAAGAGAAGGGAAGACCUUAAAGCCCCUCCCAACACCUAAAGGGGCUCCAGGAGAGCUGGAGAGGGACUUUGGAAAGGGACUUGGUGGCUGGAACUAGAUGAUAUAUCACAUCCUUUCCCACCCAAACCAUCCACCAAAUGGUAACGGCUGUGAUGAUGAAGUUCUUGAGUGCAGUGCAGUGGUGAGUGCACUGCAAGAGAAAGAUACAGCUGUUUUCCAGAUGUUUUAACUAACUGCUGGAGACAGCCCCAA